ACGAGGAGCGGAACACACACACUCGGGGUUCCGAUGGCGGCGGCCGCACCAACACACGCGCCCGUGUCCUCCUCAGCGUGCCGCGCGGGAUUCUCCUCUAGCGGUGUAUCCUUCCCCAAUUUUCGCUCGGCAGCGGCUUCGGCCCCUGGGUGGCGGCGCAGGGAGCCGUACCCGGCAGUCUCCGUAGUGUCGAGCUCCCCGCAGUCUGUGGCAGGAGCUAUAACCGUCGACACCGAGGUUGACACAUUGCUAGACAGUGUGAAGUGGGACAGCAAAGGGUUGGCUGUUGCCAUUGCACAAAAUGUGGAUACUGGAGCCAUUCUUAUGCAGGGUUUUGCUAAUAAAGAAGCCCUUGCAAAAACUAUAUCAACCAGGAAAGCCACAUUCUUUAGCCGUUCACGGUCUUCCUUGUGGACGAAAGGGGAGACAUCCAUGAACUUCAUUAAUGUGCAUGACAUUUUCCUAGACUGUGACCAUGACUCUAUAAUAUACCUUGGAAAGCCAGAUGGACCUACCUGCCAUACAGGAGCAGAAACGUGUUAUUAUACUUCAGUUUAUGAUGCUCUACAAAGUUCAAAGCCCAAUGAAGGCAGGCAGGUUAUGACAACCCUAUACUCACUUGAAGAUACAAUUAGUAGACGCCACGAGGAGAAAGUUACUGAUGGAGGUGGCAAGCCAUCAUGGACGAAAAAGCUACUCCUUGAUAACCAGCUACUUUGCUCGAAAAUACGUGAAGAAGCUGGUGAGCUAAUUCAAACGCUGCUUGAGAACGAGGACCAAUCUCGUGCAGCUUCGGAGAUGGCUGAUCUGCUGUACCACGCUAUGGUGCUGCUCAGAGUCAAGGAUGUAAAGAUGGAACAAGUCCUUGAGGUCCUGAGGAAGAGAUUUUCGCAGUCUGGUAUCGAGGAGAAGGCCAGUCGCAAUAAAUCUUAGCGUGAUUGGUUAAUAAUGCCUUGAUGGUGGAUGACUCUGAUUUGCUAUCGGUGCGGAAUGUGCACUAUUGAAGAAUUUUGUGUUUGAUGGAUCAGUUGUGUUUUUGUUUUCUCCGACAAGACAUCUAUGAAAUAUGUGGCAGGUGUCAAUAAAGUUAUCUCAUACAGCAGACCGUUUAC